AUGUUAUCAGAAACCUUGGUAAUCUUAUGGGUAGUUUUUUUAUUUUGUUGUGUAAUUACAUUUAUAUAUGAAUAUUUUAUACCCAGAGCAGAAAAAAAGAAAUGGGAUGACAAGAAACCAAUUGAAAAAGAUCCAAAUGAAAUUAAAAAGAUUAUAACCUCAAAACAAGAGGCAUUUGAUUCACUAGCAAAAGAAAAUGAAAUUAGAAAAAGAAAAAAGAAAAUGGAAGAGGUCAUCAGAAAGCAUUUAGAGAAUAAUCCCAACAACAACAAAGAUUUAGGUAUAAGAUUAUCAUCCAUAGAACCAACUCGUGAAAAUAUCGAAUCAGAAACCCAAAGAAUUAUAAGAGAGCAAGAUUUAGAGUAUUUAGAAUCAUUGGAAUUAGAUAAAAUGAUUGAAAAAGAAAAAGAGUUAAAAAAGCAAAGAGAAGAACAAACUAAAAAAGAAAGACGAGAUAGAAUCGAUAAUUUAAGAAAUAAUCUAAAAGAAGAACCAGCCAAUGGUAUCAAAAUUUUAAUAAAGCUACCAAGUGGUAUGUCAGUUCAAAGAAAAUUUUUAAUAAGCGAAAAAAUUCAGGAUAUUGUUGACUAUAUAGAUUCUAAAGAUGAAUUAAAAGUAUCGUACUAUCUCUCGACCAAUUAUCCCAAAGCAGUUUAUAAAGAUUUAAACCAAACACUAGAAGAAUCCAACAUUACUUCACCUACAACUUUGUAUAUAACAGAAAAAUAA